CUCCUUCGCUCGCUGGCUGGCCGGCCGGUGGGCUCCUUCGCUCGCUGGCUGGCCGGCCGGUGGGCUCCUUCGCUCGCUGGCUGGCCGGCCGGUGGGCUCGUUGGCUCGCUGGCUGGCCGGCCGGGCCCGCCCCUCCCCUCCGCCAUGGCGGCCGAGAGCGGCAAGCAGUUCUGGAAGCGGAGCGCCAAGCUGCCGGGCAGCAUUCAACCUGUCUAUGGAGCACAGCAUCCUCCACUGGAUCCCAGGCUGACCAAGAACUUCAUCAAGGACCGCUCCAAGACCAAUGCGCUGCCUAUGAAGAGCAAGAAGGCCUCCAGCUUCCACGAGUUUGCCCGCAGCACCAGCGACGCCUGGGACAUUGGGGACGAUGAAGAUGAGGACUUCUCUUCCUCCUCCUCUUCUUUGCAAACUCUGAACUCUAAAGUGGCCAAGGCCACAGCAGUGCAGGUGCUGGAGAACCACAGCAAGCUGCGAGCGAAACCCGAGCGAGCCCAGGCCACUCUCGGCGACCUGCCCACCGGCUGCAAGGUCAUCAAGUCCAGCAGUGAGGCCCAGCUCUCCAGGGCAUCUGAGGAGGCCUGUGUACGGACCCCCCUUCAGAAGCAGCAGUCCCUUCCCCUCCGCCCUGUCAUUCCCCUCGUCGCCCGCAUCUCCGACCAGAACGCCUCGGGUGCGCCCCCCAUGACAGUGAGGGAGAAAACUCGCCUGGAGAAGUUCAAGCAGCUCCUUUCCAGCCACAACACGGACCUGGAUGAGCUGAGGAAGUGCAGCUGGCCUGGUGUGCCCAGGGAGGUCCGGCCCGUGACCUGGCGUCUCCUCUCAGGUUACCUGCCCGCGAACAUGGAGCGGCGGCAGCUGACGCUGCAGCGCAAGCGGGAGGAGUACUUCGGCUUCAUCCAGCAGUACUACGACUCCCGCAACGAGGAGCACCACCAGGACACCUACCGGCAGAUUCACAUCGACAUUCCAAGGACCAACCCACUCAUUCCCCUCUUCCAGCAGCCACUCGUCCAGGAGAUCUUUGAAAGGAUCCUGUUUAUCUGGGCCAUUCGACACCCAGCCAGCGGCUACGUGCAGGGCAUCAACGACCUGGUCACCCCCUUCUUUGUUGUCUUCCUCUCUGAGUACGUCGAGGAGGAUGUGGAGAACUUCGACGUGACCAACCUGUCACAGGAUGUUCUGCAGAGCAUCGAAGCUGACAGCUUCUGGUGCAUGAGCAAGCUGCUGGAUGGGAUCCAGGAUAACUACACCUUUGCACAGCCAGGGAUCCAGAAGAAGGUCAAAGCCCUGGAGGAGCUGGUCAGCAGGAUCGAUGAGCAGGUACACAAUCACUUUAGGAGGUACGAGGUCGAGUACCUGCAGUUUGCCUUCCGCUGGAUGAACAACCUGCUGAUGAGGGAGCUGCCCCUGCGCUGCACCAUCCGCCUCUGGGACACCUACCAGUCGGAGCCGGAAGGGUUCUCCCACUUCCACCUGUACGUCUGCGCCGCCUUCCUGAUCAAGUGGAGGAAGGAGAUCCUAGAUGAGGAAGACUUCCAGGGCCUUCUGAUGUUGCUACAAAACCUGCCCACGAUACACUGGGGCAAUGAGGAGAUUGGACUGCUGCUGGCUGAAGCCUACAGACUCAAGUACAUGUUUGCAGAUGCCCCCAACCAUUACCGCCGAUAGGUGCCAGGACUCCACCCCUUCCUCUGCCCUCUGCCCACUCCCUCUUCCUGGCUCAACCUGAUCACUGUGGCAUUUUUGUCGUCCCAAGUCCUUGGACACUCCUGCUGGGAGCUGCUCCUCGCUGUACAAAGCUCACAUCAACUCUUGUCUUAACUCUCAACGUGUGCCUGGCUGCCACUCCAUGCCCCUGGCUGUGCCACUCCAACCACCUGCAGUAUUCCAGGCUGUGCUGCUGGCUCCACCCAAGGAGAGAGGCUAGAAGGGGCUGGGGGAGGACAGUGGUGGGGGCUGCUUUCCAGAUGAACUGAGCCAAGGAUGAAGCCCUCCUGUCCUCUGCACCCCUUGCCCUGGGUUUGUCCAGCUGGGACCACCUUGGCUUGGCUGCCUCCUGUGAAGCUGCUGCUGUGUGUGCUGCCUCAGCUGCUCCUGCUCACUCCAGCUCCCAGAUGAAAAUGCCUUAUCAGAGACCUGCCUGGCUGCAGAAUCCUCCCACACACAGCGAGGGUGGCAGGGCAAGAAGUUCCUCUCAGGGCCUAAACUUUGCUCCGAGGGUCUGGAGACCUCCAAGCACUUUGGGUUCAGGGGAGAGCUCCUCCUGCCUGCCCUCUGCUCCUCCUCAUCCCCUUCGCCUUCCUCUCCCCGCGGGGCAGCAGAGUGGGAGCCUUCACUCCAUCCAGGUGUGGUUUGACCACUCGACAGGACUUCUGGUGGCUGCUGUGCUGUCGGUACAACCCCCUCCAGUGCAGGGGGAGGGGUGGGGGGGCUGGGAGGGGAGCCCCUUGCGAAGCUCCCCCCUGCCCCGCCGAGGCGUUGUGUGUAUAUUGUGUUCUUGUGUAUAUGGGUCAGAGCUGUACAAUAUAAGUCUCUGUUUGUAGCAGAUACUGAUUUUAUAUUUAUAACCUGCACCCCUUCUUCUCCUCACCCUCUCCAUGCCUGGGGACAGCCUCAGAGGGCUUUGGAAACCCCUCCCGAGGUGGGGAGCGUUUCAGAGCCGUGGGUCCUUCUGCUGCAACGUGUUGGAUCUGCCAGGAUGAGGUGUGAUGGAAACGUGGAUCUCAAGGCUUCCCCUACAAGGAGGAUUUGGGUGUUGAAAGGAGACAGAAGAAGCUCCAGCAGGAAGCAGGGAAGAGCCAUGUCAAGGAAACAGGGUAGCCGGGCUGGGUGUGCCCCUCCAAACGCUCCAGGGCAGAGCUGUGCCUGUAGGACUCUCUGGGAAGCAUCCCGGAUCCAGCACUGGCUGCCCCCAGCCCUGCGGACACGGACAGGUCCUCCUGGGAGCAGCAGGGACCAGGCUGCCAUCUGCUUUUCAAUCAAACCAACCAGGGAUGCUCCCGCGGGCAGGGGCUGGCUGGGCUGGGCCAGGAGGGUGGGGGGCGCUGGACCAAGGCUGCCUGGGGGCUACCUGUGCAGGGCGUGGAGCAUCCCAGGCCCUCUGCUCUUCUGUUGCUGCUGCUCCCGGUGCGAGGAGGCAGCAGACCCUGAGGCCAAGCAUGUGGAAGGCAGAGCCUUGUUGCCAAUAAAACUCCAAACAGUGUCUCAAGAAA